UGGGGUUUUUAUUCUUUUCUCGUUCUGAUUUAUGGUUGGCCUGGUUGUAGCACGAUAGCUAGUCGUCUGUUACCUUUUCCGUGCAAAAGUAUUUCCUCUGUCAGGCAUGUGUUCAGCAAUUUAGACCUGAAGCCGACGAAAACUCUCUUUGAAAAGAUCGCCAGGAGCCCCUUCUGAACCGCUGUUGUUGUAGGCAUCUGCAAAAAUGUCUUGCAGAGUUGCCCAAAUCCACAAGGUGAGCUCUCACCCUGAAGUUUACGAGCCAUGCGACGAUUCAUUUGCUUUAGUUGAUGCCUUGCUAGCUGACCGCACUAAUCUGUUGGAGCACAAACCAACUCUCUGCCUUGAACUUGGGUGCGGUAGUGGAUAUGUUAUUACUUCUCUGGCACUUAUGCUUGGAGAAGUGCCUGGAGUACACUAUAUUGCCACGGAUAUCAACCAUGAUGCAGUGAGAGUUACCCGUGAAACAUUGCAAGCACACAAUGUUCAUGCUGAUGUGAUAGCCACUGAUCUUGCAUCAGGAUUAGACACCCGUCUGGCCGGUUUGGUCGAUGUAAUUGUUGUGAACCCACCUUAUGUUCCAACUCCUGAAGACGAAGUUGGGCGGGACGGCAUUACCUCCGCGUGGGCAGGGGGUGUUGAUGGCCGAACUGUUAUCGACAGAAUAUUGCCCGUCGUGGAUAAACUUUUGUCAGGUAGAGGUUGGUUGUAUAUGGUCACUCUCACCACCAACAAUCCGUUGCAGAUAUGCCGCCAAAUGAAAGCGAGAGGCUAUGCCUCUAGGAUAGUCGUUCAGAGGUCAACAGAAGAGGAAAGCCUUCACAUCAUCAAGUUCUGGCAAGAUUCGGGAGAUCAAACGUGUAAAAGGGAAACGACAACACCGAAGAAGACGGCCGGUGGUAAGGUCAUGGAUUCUGUACUCUCACAAAUGCAUCGAUUGCCGUUCUGGAAGAAAGAUGAAGGCAAUGACUGACCCGACAUACUGUAUAACGGAGUCCUCUCAAUUUGUACUGUGUUGUAUAAUAUCGUGUUGGGGCAACUAACGCAUUGUUGAUAGUUGAGAAUUAGGCUUUAAAUUCCCUUCUUUACUUAGCUGAGGAUCUUUGAAGUAGUAACUUGGGUUUUAUUGGAAGAGAGCUCUUUUAGUCCCUCUCUUUGUCUAGGCAUUGCUACCCUUCUUCUUUGUUUAAUUUUGUUGUGCAAAUUAAUCCAAUUAGCUGGCUCUUUAUGA